AUCUGAAGAGCCAGUGAGCUCUAUUGACAAAUAUAAGUCCUACUCAGCAAGCUAACUACUUAUCUGGAGCUAAGAAUGCAGAAGGCGGCUGGAGCCUGCGUCAUGUGAAGGGGGACCUGUUCUCCUGUCGUGAAGAUGAGGUCCUGGCCCAUUGUAUCAGCGAGGACUGUCGCAUGGGGGCUGGCAUCGCUGUCAAAUUCAAGAAACAAUUUAGUGGAGUAGAUGAGCUGAAGAAACAGAAGAAGGUGCCAGGGCAAUGUGCUGUACUGAAAAGAAACAAGCGUUUUGUGUACUACCUGAUUACAAAAGAAAAAUACAGCCACAAACCUACCUAUGACAACCUACGGCAGAGCCUCGAGGACAUGAAGUCUCAUUGCUUACAAAAUGGAGUAACUGGAAUAUCAAUGCCUCGCAUCGGCUGUGGCCUUGAUCGACUGAGUUGGGAUAAAGUGGAGGAGAUGCUUGAGCAGGUAUUCCAGCCCACAGAUAUAAGUAUCACUGUGUAUACUCUCCCUGUAAAACCCACAGGGAAACCAAGUUUCCAUUGAUGUUUUCUGUACACCAAAGUAAAUCAUGUUUCAGGGACAUUUGUUAUGGUUAUAUUCUCUAUCAUCUUUUGUCAUAGGCUCCAAGCCUGUGUUUUUCAACUCUUAUGACAAUGGAUUUUGUGUGAAAUCAAACUCGGACCAUAUCGUGCUGAUUGACACAGCGUGUAUAUUUCAUUGCCAAGUUUACUCAGCAUACGGAUAUGCACCUGUGCAAAGUUUGCUGAAAUGUUUACUUUCAAAAGUUAAUAAAUUAAAUCACAAAAUAUAGCACAUUACUUUAAGAAUCAUAUCCUUUACCGUCUAAUCUUUAUUUUACCCCCGUGUUUGAUGGUUCUCUGAAAUUACAAGUGCAUAUUUUCAUGUUAAUUAUGACCCUUUAGUAGAGCUAUUCUCCACCAGAUGGGGGCACCAAUUAUAGUUUUCUCCACAUGGCUUCUGUGGUGUGAUCUAUACAGAUUUGUCAUAUGCUGUAAAUACCCUGUAAUGUGCUCAUGUAAGGCCUAGAACUUCUACCACCAAGAGACAUCUUUAUAUCUGGAACACCAGUGCAAUAACUACAAAGUGGGAAAACUGAAGAAGUGUAAUAUUCUAAACUUGUAUAUUUCUAAAAUAUUGUAGACUGAAUAUUCACAGUUAAAAUGAAGACUUGUUCCCUUUUAAAAA